UUCUUCACUUAUUCAUCUUCAUGACUUCAUACACACAUUUUCACAUCUUCUUCCUCUAGCUCAAUUUCAACCAAUUACAUAUGUUGUGUAGAGGAAGAACUUCGACAUCAACAUGUCGAAUAUCUGGAUCCGUACCGGUUUAUCUCAACGUCUAUGAUCUUAGCUCGAUGAAUGGAUGUGCGUAUUGGCUUGGCCUUGGCGUCUACCAUUCCGGCGUUCAAGUUCAUGGAGUCGAGUUUGCGUUCGGAUUUCACAAACAAUCGACAACUGGAAUCUUCGAAGGAGAACCGAAACAAUGCGAAGGAUUCACGUUCAGGGAACAAAUUCUAAUCGGAUGGACGGAGAUGAGUUUGAAGGAAAUCAGAACAUUCAUGGAAGAACUUGCCCGAGACUACAAAGGAAAUUCGUAUAACCUAAUCACUAGAAACUGCAAUCAUUUUUGUAUCGACGCUUGUAUUCGACUCACUGGAAAUCCUAUACCGAGCUGGAUUAAUCGGCUUGCUAAAAUCGGUUUAUUGUGCAACUGGUUAAUUCCGGCCAGUAUAAGUUCGUGUAAAGUUGGAAUAGAAGAUCACAACGCGUGUCGUAAGGAAGAAGCGGAAGAGAAAAUGACUCGUUCAAAUAGGUCUAAUUCGUCUUCCGGCUCUCCGUCGUCGUCGUCUGAAUCAUCUCCAGUUGUACUAACAAGAAGCUUUGGAACCAGAAAUUUUGUUCCAACAUUUUCACCUUUUCUUCUUGAUUCUUCUUCAUAAUCUUACAUUUUAUGUGAUCAAUCAUAUUUUGUUUUAUUUUUGGUUAUGUUAAUGAAUCAUUAUGGAAAGUAGAAACAAGUUGAUCAUUGA